CCUGUUUCUUUCUCUUGAGCUUCCAUAGCCGGAUGAAUUAGAUCAACCCUAGUUCAUCUCUUGCAAAACUGCUUCUCCCAACACACCAUCCUUACGAACCCUCCAUCUCCAACCGCAAUAAUGACCCUUAUUGUCCACCACCUACACGUCUCCCAGUCAGAGCGUAUCCCCUGGCUUUGCGAAGAGCUAGGGAUUGACUACGAGCUCAAGACAUAUACGCGGGCACCUAUUCUAGCUCCGCCUGAGUACAAAGCCCUCCAUCCCAUGGGAGCCGCGCCAGUCAUCCAGGACGGCAAUGUGACUCUGGCCGAGAGCUGCGCAUGUAUCGAAUACAUCUGCCACAAAUACGGAAAUGGCAGGCUAUUCCUGAAGCCCACACACCCGGAUUACGCCGACUUCCUCUACUGGUGGCAUUGGGUAGACGGCAGCUUUCAGCCUGCCCUGCUUCGAGCUUUGUCAGGGAGCUCGAGUAACAAUCCCGCGAUAGCAAAGCUCAUAACGGAUCGUUAUAGCAGUGCUUUGGGGUUCCUGGACGAAAGGGUGCGCGACAAUACGUGGCUUGCCGGGACAGAGUUUACGGCUGCGGAUGUGAUUCUUGUAUUUUCACUCACGACCAUCCGGCACUUUUAUCCGUAUAGUCUCCGAGAAUACGGAAACAUUGUCAAAUACCUCCAACGCAUUGGGGAGAGGGCAGGGUAUCGGAAAGCCAUGGCAAAGGCGGAUCCCAACAUGGAGCUGCUUCUGGGGCCCGAUCCUCCGACUAAAGACUGAUACGGCAUCAAAAUAGCAACCGAUUGUGAUGAUAAGAGAAAGUUUAGAGUAAUAUGCACAUAAGAUUCUACUCCAAAGAUAUAUGGCCGCCACGCUCA